UCGAAAACUGAGCAAACGACGCUCCAAGGAUGGGUUGAAAUCGAUAUAUAUACAUGCUCUGUUGCAUCUCUUCUGGAGCAUCAACUCUCAGAACGACUUCUCAGAAUCAUCCCACGAUCAACCUCAGUUUUAUUGACCAUAACUUUUCCAUUCCAAUGUCUUCCUACGUGAUUACUGGAGUCUCUCGUGGCGUUGGCUUCGAGUUCCUCCGCCAGCUCUCUGAAAACCCAGCCAAUACCGUCUUUGGCCUCGUCCGCAACAAAGCAGCCGUCGAGUCCAAGGUCGCAGCUGAAAUAGGCCGGAAAAACAUUCACAUCAUCGAAGCCGACACCACGGAUCCUCAGGCAUUGAAGAAAGCAGCUGAGUAUGUCUCUAAGCAAACGAAUGGGACGCUUGAUUAUAUCAUCGCCAAUGCAGCGCUUCAAGCCAAGACUGCUCUGGUUGGUUUUGAUACUCUGAGCAAAGAUCCAAAAGCCCUCGAAGAAGACUUGAUUGAGCACUUCCGGGUCAAUGCCAUCGGCCCCAUCCAUCUAUUCAACACCUUCAUGCCCCUGAUCCUGAAAGGUCGGGCAAAGAAAGUGAUUGCCAUUUCCACCGGCGCAUCGGACCCCGAGAUGACGCUCAAGGCCGAUAUGUUCCAAGCCACGGCUUAUUCGAUGAGCAAAGCAGCUCUCAAUAUAGCCGUAGCCAAGUUCAGCGCCUUGUACCGCCAGAAAGGCGUCCUCGUCAUGGCUAUAUGCCCUGGUGCUGUUGAUACCGGUAGUCUUCAGAUUGAAAGUGAGGAAGAGGGGAAGUUGGCUAUGGCUAUGUUUGCGAAAUUUAAGGAAUAUUCGCCGACCUUUGAGGGGCCUUCGAAGCCGGAAGAUAGUGUCAAGUCGAUCUUGGGGCUUGUGAACAAGGCUACUGUGGAUGGUGGUUAUGCAGGCGUCUUCAUCUCUCAUACGGAGAAGAAGCCGUAUCUUUGAGACUGUGUAUUAGGAAGCAUUGAGGCUUACGAGAAAGCUGUGCUCUCAAACUAUUCACUCAAUUACAUGAAAACACUCUCGCG